GCGUCACAGCGCGGGGAGCUUGACACCAUCUCCUGGCGAGAUGACAGGAGCUGUGAACCCUCGGGACCCACAGGGACCAGAAGUCAUUGAACUGCCCUUUGGUGAGAAUAUACACGAAGACAGGGCGACCAAGUUCCAGACAAUGGAACCCCAGGAAACAGUGACCCUCAAGGAUAUCGCUAUAGACUUCACCGAGGAAGAGUGGGCCCUGCUGGACACCUCCCAGAGAAAGCUGUUCAGAGAAGUGAUGCUGGAGAGCAUUAGUCAUCUGGUCUCUGUGGGGCAUCAACUCUGCAAAUCAGAUGUGAUUUCCCAGCUGAAGCAGGGAGCAGAGUUGUGGAAGGAAGAGAAAGGAUUUCCCCAGUGCCCGAGUUCAGACAGGAAAGGUGACCCUGUGAGACAAGAAGAAAUAUUCCUGCAAGAUACCUGCAAGGAAGACUUAUCUAAUUGUAAAUGACAUGACUGUAGUCAACCUGUCAUCAAAUCCUGUUCUAGUCUCUGAGAGCUCUCACUGCCUGGGGGCUACAAGAAGUUCACUUUGUUUUCAUCUCAAUCAUAUUUGACUUGUAACACUGUAAUUAAAAGUUUUUAAAA